AUGUCCGGAAUACCCAACUGGGUAGAGCAGGCGCAGCAUGCCAUUCUUGUCUCGCCGGACAGAAGCCCCAGAGAUCAGGACGCUCGUCCGAGGCAUCCUAGCCGCCGCAGAUCCAGCCAGCAGCGACAUCGAGAGAACGCACCAACACCUCGACCACCCUCGCGACCAUCCUCACGACCCCUCUCGCGACCCUCCUCCAACUCUCCCCAGCCUCGCCCUCGCGCUGUUCGGCAGUUCUCACGGGGCAAACCAGCCUCAUUCGCAUCUCUCCCCUCUCUCACACAACCAGUCUUCAUUUCCAGGGAGUGGAAGUGCGCCAGGACCGCUGCCAUUCGCGUCAAGGAUGUGCCGCCUGGAGCUAAACUCCAGGACCUUCACGAUCUCUUCUCUGAGUAUGGUCACAUCAGUUACCUUGAACUUGAUGAGGACCGUCAAGAUGUUUCUGAUCGUGGCCGGAGAGCUCUGAUUCGCUUUGAGCCACCUCCGCUAUCUACCGACUUUCUCUGUCGAGGCAUCUGCAGACUCAGGAUUGGACUUGUCGACCACUGGCUGCCUCUCGAGACAGUGGACCCAAAGCGCGAGGAUCGCAAAGAACGCACCAUCAAGACUCAGCUCGGCAACACUUGCCCGCAAACUCUAUACGUCUUUCCCUCCACACUGUCUUUCGGUCUAUUAGUCCAGCCUGCAGUAUUCAUGAAGAAACAAUCCGUUCAAACCCUCUCGUCCGACUCUUUACUGAGACUCGAGUUCGAUUUCAAGCGCAUGCGACUGGUGAUUAAAUUCUCCCUCCACUACCAACGCGAAUCUAGUGGUUUUCGCAGACAGAAUGAGCAUUACAAGCUCCAUAUCAAGUUUGGAGUCAUCAAGGAGUUAUGCAGAACCAUGGUCGGCGAGGAGCAUCGUCAAGCUUUGGUCAUGACUCUCCGGGAUCCGCCGGUUGCGUACAGGAAGAAGGAUGUCUCAAAGACAUUUGGCGAGGAUCGGCUGACUUGGAGCGAGAAUGACCUCUGGGAGAGAGUGGUCGACAUUAGCCCUGGACUCGAUGCCAGCAGAAACCCAGUUUCACUCGCCGAGAACCACCAGUACAUUGAACUGGGACGGUGGCUUACCUAUUGGAUUGAGCUGGAUCGACAAUCAACAAGAGUCUGGGAUCAAGUUCAACAACAUUUGCUCGAUUGGAAUCUCAGGACUAAGUUGACUGUCUUUCCCGAGCCGCUUCCCAACCAAAAGCCAAAGGUAUGGGAUUUUCUGGAUGAUAGAUACGGCCAUGAGAUUCAACAAGUCUCCUCACGGUCCUGGGGCAACGACUUUUCGCUUUUAGCCGCACCGCCCCGUAUUUCUCUACCGUUUGAUGUUCGGUAUCAGCUUGAAGUCUGCAUAUCGCAAGGAAUCAUCAACGAGCACAACAUUGACCGGCCAUUCCUUGAGAAGCUGAUGGAAUUUUGUGAUAAUGACAACAGCUUCGGCAAAGAUCGGGCUCGCCUCAUCCUCGAAUACGUUGCCGAUGAGUAUGCUGGAAAGCGUAUUUUCGACCCGAUGGAACUCUUCAAGGAUAAUGCAGCCUUAACUUAUUUCCCAACUAGUUUCAUGAUACCCAACCAUUGCGCUUGGGUUCGUAGGGUCACGAUCACCCCUACUCGUAUCUACUUCAGUACCCCCUGCGUCGAACCCACGAACCGCGUCAUCCGCCAGUGGAGACAUGCACAAGACUACUUUAUCCGCAUUCAAUUCACCGAUGAAGUUCUUGAAGGACGUAUCAAGAGCGGCGAAGCGGAACUUCCCCUAUUCUUGCGUGUGUACAGGGUAUUGGAGAAAGGGGUUGCCAUGGGUCCGUGGCAUUGGAAGUUCCUUGCCUUUGGCAACUCUCAGAUUCGAGAAGCCGGAGCCUUCAUGUUCUGUGAACAGAGCAACUUGACAUGCGACAUGAUGCGAGCCUGGAUGGGCCGCUUCAGUCAUAUCAAGGUCAUUGCCAAGUAUGCGGCUAGACUUGGGCAGUGUUUCUCAACUACCCGUUUGGUGCCUGGCAUCCCGGCACCGAGGAUCAUCACCAUCCCUGAUGUCGAAAAGGACGGAUUUUGCUUCACGGAUGGAAUAGGCAAGAUUUCCCCUUUGCUUGCAAAGAUCGUAGCGCAUGACUGGAGCAUUGACCCGCCGCCGUCAGCUUACCAGUUCCGCAUGGGAGGUUGCAAGGGAGUCUUGGUAACUUGGCCUGAUGUGAAGGGUAUGGAGGUUCAUAUUCGGAAGUCACAGGAAAAGUUUGUUGCCGAAUUCAAUGGUCUUGAAGUCGUCAGAUGCUCGCAGUUCUCAACCGCCACCCUUAACCGGCAGAUUAUUGCCGUUCUCUCGUCUCUUGGUGUUCCCGAUCAAGUCUUUGUAGACAUGAUGGAGCAGCAGCUUUCUGACUUCAAUGCGGCGAUGGAGGACAAACAAAAGGCGACGGCGAUCCUGAAAACGUUCAUUGAUGAAAACCAUAUGACACCCAUCAUUGCAGAGAUGCUUGCUUACGGUUUCAUGGAGUCCCAGGAGCCUUUUGUUCGCACCCUACUCCAGCUGUGGCGAUCAUGGUCUAUCAAAACGUUGAAGGAGAAAGCGCGACUCAAUGUCGAAAAGAGUGCGUUCGUGCUCGGCUGUGUUGAUGAGACUGGCACUCUGAAAGGGCAUAUGAAGGUCACCGAAGACUGGAAAGACGUGCCCAGUGAGAAGCUUCCACAAAUAUUCUUACAGAUUCCCGAUGAUGUCAAUGGCGGGUACAGGGUUAUUACUGGAACCUGCGUCGUUGGCAGAAACCCGUCUCUCCAUCCUGGUGAUAUCCGUGUGGUGGAGGCAGUUGAUGUCCCUGCUUUGCGGCAUCUAAGAGACGUGGUGGUGUUCCCCUUGGCUGGGGACAGAGACGUGCCCAGCAUGUGCUCUGGUGGAGACCUCGAUGGUGAUGACUUCUUUGUUAUUUGGGACCCUUUGCUUAUCCCGAAGGAACGCUCCCAUCCCCCAAUGACCAGUGAGCCCAUUGCGGGCAAGGAGUUGGCAACCGAACCGACCGUCAACAACCUGAUUACCUUCUUUGUGUUGUAUAUGAAGUACAACAAUCUGCCGUUGAUCGCUCAUGCUCAUCUGGCGACAGCAGAUGCGGAGGUGGAAGGAGUGAAGAGCCCGAAAUGCCUUGAGCUCGCCUCACUUCAUUCCAUGGCUGUUGACUACGUGAAGACUGGUGUUGCCGCCGAGUUUCCGAGACGGCUUGACCCCAAGACCUGGCCUCAUUUCAUGGAGAAAAACAGACACACUUACCACUCCGUAACAGCACUUGGAAAGCUCUACGAUAUGGUUAAACGGGAAACAUUCGACAUGAAAGAGAACUACCAGCUGCCCUUUGAUAACCGCAUCCUCAAGCACACAAAGUGCCGCGCUCUUAGGGAUGAGACGCUGACCAAAGCCCGUCGCAUCAAAUCUCAGUACGACACCGCUAUGCGCCGCGUGAUGUGCCAGCUCGAAAUCACAACCGAGUUCGAAGUUUGGACCGCCUUUGUCAUGUCCAAGCCCCGCGUGGGCUCAGACUACAAACUCCAAGACAACGUCGGUCGCGAGUCUUCUGUCCUCAAGCAACACUUCAAGGAUCAGUGUAAAAAUGAGGCUGGCGGUGAUCUCCUUUCCUUCGUAUCGGCCAUGUACAGGGUCACGUACGAAGAAGUUCGCAUUGCCCUUUUCGAAGCCAAACAACCGCACGUUAGACCUGACGGCAGGCUUGGAACUAGGAAAAUUACACCAAAGACCAUGCCACUUGUUAGCUUUCCCUGGCUAUUUUGGGACAAGCUCGGUGAGCUUGCCAGGGCAGGCGCCGUAUUGCAAAGGAGACUUGACGAUGGAAGUGAGGAUAUGGACCUUCUGAGCGACGUCCCGCUCGUUUUCCAGAGGCGCAGAGGCAGACAUAAUGCAAGUGGCAGCAGUGACUUUAUGGAUGAACAUGGUGAUCCCCUUUCUUAUACACGCACAAGCGAUGGCAAGAUCAUUCACUAUGGUCAGAUCUUGAACCUUUUCAGUCACGACGACGAGGAUGGAGAUGAGAGAAAUGACGCCCGGGACAGAAACGGCUCCAGCGAAGAUUCGACUCAUGUUUCUAAUUCGUCCAAAUCCAGCUCCAACCUUAGCCCGGUUGCUGAGGAGGACCUUCUUACUUUUGAGUCGCCUCCAGCUAGUCCAGGUGUCACUCCUGCGUCUCCGCAAGUUGAUCUACUAGGCCCGACGCUUACGCUCACCAAGGCCGAGCUCGCCAUCGGUCUCGCUGGUCCGGUUGCCACUACCUAUACUCCUCCGCCUACGGAUGAGGAGACAGUAAUCUGCCGUGGACACUCCAACCGCACCAGUCACCUCAGUGCUUCGUCUUCGUCACUUGAUCCUCAACCUCUGAUUGAGGAGACUUCUGGGGAGAACGAGGAUCUCCUGCUAGAUAUCUAUUCUGCGUCUCCCCCUAGGGCGGGUGGUGCUGGAUUGGCCUCGGCCGUUGGAAGCGAUGUUCCUGUCAAGGGCGGACCUCCUCCCGUUUGGAUGGAGCAGGUGAUCAGGAUGGGCCACAGGAUUCCAACCCCUCCUCUUGACUCGAUUGCGAUCCCGAAUGUGAUUGGAGUUCCGCAAUUCGAGAGUCCGCUCACUGGGACUGUUGUGGCUUCUGCUAUUCAGGAUCCGUUUGUUUCCCCUUCUCCUGCGGUUGCCGCUCCUGCUACCGGUGGUGGUGGUGGUGGUGGUGGAUAUAUUGGUAGUGGCGGUCCCAUCAACAAGGAGCUCGUCAUGGGAUUAGAUGGAGGGGUCAAAGAGGAAGAUGGCGAGGAAACCGAAGAGGAGGCUGAGGAGGUCGAGUUGGAGAUUGACGAGGACCCAGUUGCAGUGCGUUUUGCACAGAUGGCGGCGCUUUAAGGCGCGUUGAGACCACUGGUACCACAUUCAUUUGUAGUGCUUAUUGAUUGGUAGCCUUUGAAUCGUACUUGAAGUAUUUUAGGGCCAAUCGUUGAGUUAGUUUAGGUUUUCAGCAGUGCUUUAGGAUUGGUAGUAAUGUAAUCUGAUUAUGCUUGCCUUC